AUGCCUAGCAAUAAAGUUGACGAUGAGAAUAGGGACUGCACAUACCACGUAAAAAAUCUAUACAGUGAACAGGAGAUUAAAAAGCUCGCACAGGAUUACAUAAGUCAAAAAAUUAGAGAUCUAAAUUAUGCUGAAAAUGUAAAAUAUUCGAACGUUCGAAUCGUCUUAAGCAUAGUGCUGAUAUUUAUUGGAGCCUACUGUUCUCUCUUUGUUCAAUACAAAAAGCAGCCACUUCUUAUGAUAGAGUUAUUGGUUUCAUUUUUUGUUAUAUCAAUUAUGCUUUUUAUUUUGGAAUACUUGUUCUUUGAAGACAUAUUCAUGAUAAUAAAUACAAAUAAUGGAGAAGUACUCAAAUUGUUUUUCGAACUGGAUGUCCAGAAGAGCUCACUACGUUUAGCAUACAAGUUGAACAAACAAAUAUACUGCACCUUUUUUGAGUUAAGUAGGCUUUUUAACGAAAACGGGUACCUAAUUGAAAACUACGCGGAUAAAAUAUUAAAGCAGUUCAUUGAAGAACAUGGGAAAAAUUUUAAAUUAAAAAAUAAGAAAAAAGAAUAG